GAAUUAAUGUCACAUUCUAGAAACACUUUUGUUCAAUAACCUUUUGGGGAAAUUCUGUAAAGAACCAUUUCCUCUCUUUUUCGAGGAAACAUAUUUUUUUCUCUACAGAAAAUGCAAGGCUUGCUUUUGAACUGGGAUUGUAUUUCACAAAACUGUCAAGCCGAACAUUUUAAUGGAAACCAUCACGCUCGUCUUCUUUUAAUGCUGAGAGAUUGAGGACAUCUGUUCCUUGAACUGUUCAGAUCGCUGCCUCCUGAACUUCACUUGAACGAUGAAAAUUUUUCAGCUGCCCUUAACGGACUCUGACUUGUCAGAGGAAUUGUUAGAUUUUUAUAAAAGUACAGGAAUAUUUUCCUGGAAACUGAGAAUAAUGCACCAAGGAAAAGCAUAAAGACCUGGAGGCUUGAGAAAUAAUUGGGUUCAUGUGCUGCAUUAGAUUCUGGAGCUGGUAGAUUAUCCUGGUAAAGAACAGAAUACAGAAUUUGCUAGCACUGAGGAACAAAAGUGGGGAAUAUAAUCUCUAACCGGGGUCCGAGGAUGGAUCCCAAUGACUUCAGGUACCCUUGCAAUGGCAAGCAAUCAGCACUGGAUAUUCAAUCUUUAGCCAAUAAUCCAGAACUCCUGAGUGAUAUUUGGAUCACUGCAGAAGGCCUGGGUGGUAGUAAGUUCUGCUCUAACAGGCUCCUUCAAGUCACCAAGAAUCUACGAGACAUAGAUAAAAAAUUCCAGUGUUUCCGGGAACUUUUACAGCAAGAUGGAGGCAUGCUUUCAGGCCCUGCUGAAAUUAAAUUGGCUGAAUUGCUCCAGUCUGUCUCCUGCUGUCUCAGCAAGUAUCCAGUUUUAAAUGCUUGCACCAUCCAAGCAGACAUAGCCUCUCUUAUCACAUGUGUGAAUGAUCUGAACAGCCAAGUAAAAGGAACUGAAAACAAAAAACGCUACAGUGAGAUUUUCCGAAGUUUGGAUGCCCUUGAAAUUUCAAUUGGAAAUGCGGCAAUUGAAAUGUUUAGUGAUGAUGCUGAUGACAACAGGAAUGAAUCUUCCAACCCACAGCCUGAAAUAGUACAGACAGAUGAACUUUUCUGUAAAUAUGAAAGAAAUUUGGAAGCAGCAGAUCCAGGAAAUAUGUCAGUUGAAGAAGCUGAUGAGAUGCUGAUCAAAUGUGAAGGUGGUGUAGAAGCAGCCCUAAGGUAUGCCAAAAUGUGGUGCAAAUACAUCAAGGAGCUCUUGAACUGGAUAGACAAACGUAUUACUUAUGAAAUUGAAUUUGCAAAGAACAUUCUGAAGAUAGCCGAAGCUGGAAGAAAUAUCAUUUUUUCUCAGAAUGGUAUGCCUCUCCAGGGCCUCUAUACCAUGGUCAUGGAGCAUGACAUAAAGGCAGGGAACGUAGCCAUUGAAACAGCUGGAACAUUGCAUAUGAAAGAAUAUUAUGAGCCUCUUUGGGCCAAAAGGAAUGAAAUUGAGAAAUGGCGGAAGGAAUUCAAAGAUCAGUGGCAGAAAGAACAGAAAAGGAUGAAUGAUUCCUUGUCUUCGAUGCGCAAAUCUCGCCUCCAUUACCUCCAGCGCUGUGAGGAUUUGGAAAAAGCCAAAGUGCAAAGUGCCAAAGCAGAAGAAGAGUUCCAGGCUAUCACAAGUAGUGGAAACAAGCAAUUGGAAAAACGGCGGCGUUAUCGAGAUGAGGCUCAGUUAAAGGUUCAGGAAUCAGAAGUCACAUAUAGAAGCUGUGUUUCUGAAUCCAACAAUCGUCGUCUUGAACUGAAAAAAGUCAGAGAGAGAAUUAUCUCUCACAUUCGCAAGCUAAUGUAUCAAGGAGAUGAAAUGCUGGUGAGGGUGUCCUUGAGGAUGUUCAAGCUCCAACAAGCUCAAGCAGAACGGAUCCCUGUAGGAUACCAGAACUUGACUGAAUUCUGCAAGCCCUACAAGAUUGGCGAAAAAUAUCUGGAAUUUAUUCAAAAACUGCCAAAAAAAGAGCUUCCCAUUGAGGUGUACAGAUUUGAAGAAUUUGUACCAGCAGGGCACAGGUCACCUUCUUCUGGUAGAAGAAAAAAUAUUGCACCUUGUUCUCGAAUUUAUUCAUCAGCUGCUGACCUCAACAACUCAUCAGAAGACACUUUUGGAAAGCCAUCUUCCUCAAGCAGUGAGCAAAGUGCCAACCAAUCUUUCUACAGUGACACAGAGAGCUUGGGAGGGAGCACUGAAUGCCAGUGCUUGGAUUCACCCACAUCUAGCCCAGGCCACAAGAAGUUGCUGAAAGCUUCAUCCACUGGAACGGUAUCCUCUUCAGAAGACUGUGAAGACAAAGAUUUGAUACAAGCUUAUGACAAUGAUCUAAAUGAUGUUGCAUCUGAAAAUGGCUUGUCCCAUUAUCAGUUUAAAAAAAUAAUCCUGUCAAGUGCUGCUCAGACUCAUCGGCUGAGAAAACUGAGGGGCCCUUCAAAAUGCAGAGAGUGUGAGAACUUCAUGGUCAAUGGUAUCGAAUGUGAAGAAUGCCUAUUGACCUGCCAUAAAAAAUGUCUGGAGACUCUUCUUAUCAAUUGUGGUCAUCAAAAACUGCCAGCCCGGGCAUCACUAUUUGGAAUUGACUUCAGCGAUGUGCCAAGGGAUUUCCCAGAGGAGGUGCCAUUUAUUGUGAUGAAAUGUACAUCAGAGAUAGAAACUCGUGCCUUGGGAGUGCAGGGAAUAUACCGCAUUAGUGGGGCGAAAGCACGCAUGGAGAGAUUGUGCCAAGCCUUUGAGAAUGGGCGAAGGUUGGUGGAGCUAUCAGAACACUCACCCCAUGACAUCACUGGAGUCCUUAAACAUUUCCUUAAGGAGCUUUCCAGCCCUGUGCUUCCGUUUAAACUUUAUGAAGAUUUCAUGGCUUUCUCAAGAAAUUUGCAGAAAAGUGGGGAUAAUUCUGAGACAGAUCCCAUCAAGACCACCAAGGAUUUGCUGAGCAAAUUACCAGCAACAAAUUAUAAUACUAUAAGGCAUCUUAUUGCUCAUCUGUACAGGGUGGCUGAAAGAUAUCAGGAGAACAAGAUGUCCCCCAACAACCUGGGCAUCAUCUUUGGCCCUACUCUGAUCCGCCCUCCCUGUAAUAAUGAUGUGUCCAUGUCAUGCCUGGUGGAUUCAGGAUACCAGUCCCAGCUGGUUGAAUUUCUUAUCCUGAACUAUGAAAAGAUAUUUGGGAUGGAUGACCUGCCUUCAGCUGGACUUUGUGACUGUGAAAACUCUUUGAAACAGGCAAAUACUAAUGAAGUUCUUUCAAGCAAUCAAAGACUUUCCAAUGCAUCUUUAGAGAGCUCUGCCUCCAAGCUAUGUUUGGGUGAAGAUGAUUGUGGAAGUGAGGACAGUUCCUUCACUGAGGUCAAGCAGAAAGACACCAUGGAGCAAACUGUCAACCCCGUAGAGCUGAACAGGACAAAUGACACAGAACUGCAAGACUUUAUACUUGAUCCAGAAGUUACUCUCAACCCGCAAUCCAGGGGACGCUUCAACCGGAUGCCAGUAAAACAUCCUCGUACCAUUAUCCCCAAAGUUUCCAGUCUGCCCCUGCUGGCUGCUGUUUUGUCUAAUUCAGAGGCAGUCAGUAGCCGGUUGGAGACAAGUCCAAGUAGACGCAGUGCCUCACCUGAUAUCUCUGGAAAGCGUAAACAUUUUUCAAUCACACCAGAAACUGCUAGGAUUGUUUCCAAGCUGCAGGCUCAAAAUGGAACAGAAGAUUAUUAUCAAGCUCAGCUUGGGGCAGCUCUCCAGGAAAAGCCUCUGGAUGCACUGGUAGAAAAUAAGACUGAAUCCCAAGCUAAAAUAUUGCUUGGGAAAUGAACUGGACAAAGGACUAAAAUCUCAAUUCUUGGAGAUAUUCUGAAAUGCAUACCUCUCAAAACAUCAGGGCUCUCUAGUGAAUUUGGAGAGCAAACAAAGCAGCCCUGGCUAAGUCUAAGAGGAAUGAGGUAUUUAUACGACUGUUCCCGAAGAAAGGGGUGAAGUAGAACUGAGCAGCUGAGAUACUAGAAACUGUAAACCCUGUGAAGCAGGCUUUCAAACAGGGAGUAUUACUGCAAAGGCACUGUGGAGCAGCAAAACAUUCCUAGGGAAAGUGGUGGGAAUUUUGCAGAAAUGGACAGAGCCUUGGAAAUAACUGGUGUGCCUGUUCCCAGUGGCCAUAUUGUACAGUAUGUUAAUACAUGGUAUGAGCGUUCAGGCUUAUGUUUGACAAGGAUAAUGUGACUGUGUUGAAACCACAUGAUGGAAAUUUUGAUCCGAUUACUAUCAGAAAAACGGCAUACAGUAUAUCCAGAAAGUUUAAAGUUAUCAAAUGAUCACUAAAGAAAGAUAAAUUCUAUGUAAAUUGUGCAAACCAAACCCCCCACCCCCCCUUUCGAAAUCUUGAAAUGCCAUUUCUCUAGCUUCUGAGCAACAACAUGUUUAUCCAUUAUCAAUCCUGGAAAUGUACAGUACUUGUUUUAAAAAAUGAAAUUUAUUUUUGGGAAGCUGAGUUCUGUAUUAAUUGUAUGUAUCUGCGCUUUUUAUUAUCCAUUUGUACAGAAUGGUCUAAAAAUAUAUUGGCUAAACAGUGUAGUGGUUCUCUACUGAGAACUAAUAUUAGGAGGAAAGUAUGAAUGAGUGUAUAUAAGAAGGCAAUGUAUGUUUCUUGUAGAGACUGCCUGGAUAAGGAGAUGGGGCAGGGCAGGUAGAUGGUUGAUGUGACGUUGCUGGAAUAUUUUCUUAUGAACAUGUUAACACCUAUAAGGUUCUCUUUGUGUAGAGUUGCCAGUAGGACAUUAGGCAUGAAUUUUUACAGGCAACUUCCCUCUAUAUAUAUUUCUUAAAUUCCAUCAACCAUCUCUUCUCACUUUUUGUAUAACAAAAUUGGUUGAGCAUAAUUGGUUGAGUUCACACAGUGCAUUAAAUUCUCUGGUGUGUUUUAAUCUUGA